AAUGCCUUUAAAUGACGAACUUUUGUGAUAUCUUCAGCUCAAGAUGGUAUUGAUCAAAUGCUGUGACAUUUCCAAUGAGGUGCGGCCCACCGAGGUGGCCGAGCCGUGGGUGGACUGCUUAUUGGAGGAGUACUUCAUGCAGAGUGACCGUGAAAAGUCAGAGGGCCUCCCGGUGGCCCCCUUCAUGGACAGAGACAAAGUCACCAAGCCCACCGCCCAGAUCGGCUUCAUCAAGUUUGUGCUCAUCCCCAUGUUUGAAACCGUCAUGAAGCUUUUCCCUCAAAUUGAGGAGAUCAUGGUUCAACCGCUGAGGGACUCCCGAGACCACUACGAGGAGCUGAAACAGAUCGAUGAUGCCAUGACAGAGGUAGAACCUAUUUAAUCUAUCGUGUAUGUGUUUGAGUCGUUGUCUCGAAUAUGAACCAUUUUGAACAGAGAGAUUCACUUCAUCCAGAUGCAGACCUCUUGAUAAUUUGAUGUCACAUUUCUGUCAUUGAUUAUUGAACAUUUACACAAAAGCCCCUUGGCUCGGUGUAACAUCUAGUCCAGUGGUUUUCAAAGUUUGGGAAAAAAUAAAGAUA